AUGUGGAAACGAUUCCAGGGUCACGGGCGCGAGAAGGAGAGACAUGCGCAGAUAGGCCACCCUGUACUUCUUGAAACGACCUACGAUGAAGAACAGCUUAUGCGGAAUCCUCAUGUUACCGGUCUUCAAGCUGCAAAUUACCGACACAAUGCACCCUCUACAAGGCACUAUCAUUCAUCUUCACAAGACUCCAGAGUCUCCAACAUCCCUACUGUCUCUUCUGUCUACUCGCGACCUUCAAACGAUCUAUCCUACUACUACGACAACCCUACGGCAACUCCGCCUUCUACGUACGAAGACAUAUCACCCCCAAGCUCACCAGAACCAGCACGACAGCACAACUCUGACCCACCCCGAAGAUAUCGCUCCAUGCGCGACGUGUCACCAAUGGACGAGAACCGUGGUGCAGUCCCCGCGAACAGCAAUAUACCUGUGCUACGCAAAGCACCUGCCGUAAUACAAACUGGCGAAACCAAGUCUUCGCAGAAGUUUUGGGGAGGCAAGGUUGCACCCAACAGCAAGGUGAAGUGGGAUGAGUACUCGGGCGAGCCAACGUCGAGCAACGCAGGCAGAGCUGGCUCAGUAAAUCCACUUGCAUUCGCAAAAGAUAACCUGCGCCCAAUGGGCUACCAAGUGUCAGUAUCGGGUCCGGAGAGCAAGAAGAAGAACCCUAGCUUUACAGAUCGCGUUGGUCUCUUUGGUGCCAAACCGGCGCCAACUGAGCCUCCUCAAGCUCCUGAGCCAUGGAGUCGCGCGACGGGCCGCGCAGAAAUCGCGCGAUCUCUCAAAGACGAUACCACACAUCAAACGCUGCAGAUUCCACGAAAACCCUCUACGCGAAAGGUCGAGGGGCUCGGUCUGGACAUGUCAAACGCUGUUGCGACAAUCACCAACCGCGUCGCGUUGGCAGCUGACGCUCGGCCUGUCGCGAACAAGCCGAACGCUUUCGACAUACAUAGCGAACCCAUCAAGCCUAUACUUCCUCUCAAAAUCGGCAGGAAGUCGCCUGACUACGAAUCGACUUCUCCCACCACACCUGAGAACCAUGGCCUUGGUAUCUUGAAUCCGUACUCUUAUCCAAGCCCGGUCACGCCAACAAACGAGAAGCCAUCGCCGUCUUCUCUUACGACGGCUGAUGAUCGAAGUGGAACAUCCGAGACAGAGUCAUGGGAGCGAAGUCUCACUCCUAAGCAGAGCACUAUAUGGGACAAGCCGCUUGAGCAAACGCCCGAGAAGGUUAAGGAGGCCGCACAAAGUCGCUUUUCAUGGACAACCUACAACACCACAACCACCUACCAGCAUUCACCACCUCCUUCCCCACCGGAGCCAAUGCCAACUUUGGGUGCGUCCACGAGGACCAGGAUAAUGACAGAACCUGCGUCAGUUGCUUCCUCGGUUCUAAACCGCCGUCGUCCUGUUCCUCAAGCGGACAAGAUCCCCGGCACGCCACCAGCUGUCCGCAAACCAGUUCCUGCUGCCAGGUCUCCGGUCGCAUUGAAAACACGCACAACAACUCUUGCUUCCCCAACCUCGCCGCGUCCGGGCUCGGCGUUUUCAACUUCAACCACAGGCACACAGAAGGCGCUACCGCAACCACCAACCACAUUGAGCGCAAGCGACCAUGUUGCCAUUCUAGAGUCUCAGAUGGAAGAUCUGCACGUUCGCCGCUCGAACGUGUACAAGAUGAUCAAGAAAAUGAAUGCUGCUGCGCCUUCGAACCCAAUGUUGACGGAUUUCAAGACAGCAAGAAUGGCUGAGCAAAAGAAGAAGGCUUUCGAGGACGAACUUGCGGAGAUGAAGAUUGAGGAGCAUGACAUUGGCCUGAAGCUGCAUCGUGCUUUGCGUAAGAGGGAGAGGGAUGACCCCAACUCUGGCUCGGCGCUGUGGAUCAGGCGAGUCACGGGUUGA